UCCAACAAAGCCGAAGGUUUAGCUGCGGCUGGGAUGAUGGAAGACAACGAUGAUGAUGAUAUAAAGCUCAAAGAAGAAAUAGAAGCUGAAUUGGAUAAAAUCAGCAUUUCUUCCUUGGAAAAAGAUUAUUUUGAUAGUGAUUCAAAAUCAGAAACCCAGAGUGAUAAUAGUGAUACAGAUUUAGAUGAAUUACCUGACUCAGUUCUUCACUGUAUUAACGUCAUAAAGAAUAAGAGUAAAACUGUUGAAGAGCUCAUUCUUCAGGACGUGGAAGAUACUGAUGUUUUAAGCUAUGACUAUGGAGCAGUUUCUAAUAAUCAUAUGCAUUUAAGGAUAGAAUUACGAACUGAAUGUAAAGAAAAUCCAGAACAAUUAAUGAAGAUGUUAUCUGAAAUAGAAAAAGAAGAAUUUCUGAGAAGUGAAACUCAUUGUGGCAGUCCUGAUUCUGUUCCAGAGCCUGACCCUUGUGAUUUGCCUGUGGAUGAACAUGUUUUGCCAGAUGAUGCUGAUAUAAAUUUCGGAUACUGUGAAGUGGAAGAAAGAUGUAGGCAGUCCUUUGAGGCUUGGCAAGACAAACAGAAAGAACUAGAAGACCAAAAGAAACAAACUCUCAAAGCUCAGAGGGAUAGAGAAGAAAAGCAGUUUCAAGAAGAAGAAGAAAAAAGACAUUACUGGAUGAAACAGUUUGAAGUUGAAAAGAAGAAAUUGGAGAAUAUUCAGAAGCAAGAACAGGACAAGAUGAAUGAUGAACUUCAUAAAGAGGAGAAAAUAUGGAAGGAGAAAUUUAAACAGCAUGAGGAAUUUAUUAGAAACUUGCAUUUACAAAUGGAAGAAGAAAGAACAAAAUUUAAAGAGCUACAGGAAAAAGAAAAAAUGCGUUUGUUAAAACUGCAGCAUGAUGCAGCUGUAAAAAUUCAAGCUAAAUAUAAAGCAUUUGUGGCCUACCAAAAAUAUGGCCCAAUCAUAAAGGAACAAAUAGAAAGUAAGAAAAGGAAAGCUCAAGAGUGGAAGGAAAAGGAAGCAAAAAUACGACAAAUGGAAGAAGAAAAACGAAAAAGAUUAGAGGAGGAACAAAGAAUAGAAGAAGAGAUAAAAAAGCAGAAGCAAGAGGGAAGGAAAAGGAGAGAAAAAGAAUAUGAAGAAAAAAAGAACAUCCUGAGACAAGAAAGAGAGCAACUACUAAAGAAGGAAAAAUUGAGAUUAAGAGAAGCUGCAAGAACACAGCUAAUAAUAAGUAGAGCAUUAAAAAACGGAGAUUAUAAUGCCAAAUAUUUAACUGUCGAAGAUAGAUCAAAGAAUAAGGAUGAUGUAGCCAAAAGACUAGGGGAUGAAAAGUCAAAGAAGUGGGAAGGUGCUCCCCCUUUGCCAGUUGAAGAAUCGAAUAAGAGAGAAAAUGUAGAUAGACAGCUUGUAUUGAAAGAAUCAAUACAAGUGCAAUUAAAAGAAUCUAUAUUAAGCCAAGCAAUUUUGCCAGUAUUUAAAACGGAAGAAAAAAAUGAAAACCUAGCAAAACAAUGCUCAGAAGAAUCAGUCAAAAAAGCAAGGAAUUAUGAAAACAUAGACCAAAAGACUCAAUUGGAAAACUUAGAUCUAAAAGAAAAUGUGAAAGAACAGUUUCAGCUGCAAGAAUUAAACUCUCAAACACAAAAAGAAGUCAUGAAACCUCCCAUAAAUGAGAUUAUGAGGCAAGAAACCCAAAUAAUAAUAUUAGGACAUAGUCAAGAAAUUAAUGAGGUAAACAAUGAAGCACAGAAAAUAAUCGAUGAUAAUCAACAGAAUAAGAUACAACAAGUAGAAAAAGAAGAGAUAUCAGAACAAAAUGGAACAUUAUAUGAAGACAAUAAUAUGAAGAAAAUUUCAGUGAUUUCAAUAAAACAAAAACCACUACCACUAAAAUUAGAAAAUCCUGAAGAUAUAGGGGAAAAUAUAACACUACAAGAAAAAGAAAUUGACUUAAAAUCUAAAGAAACUGAGGAGAACCCAAAAGGCAGUGCUCUGAAUAGUAACUUGGUUUUUAACACCAAUGAUGCUAUGAUAAAUGUAGAAGGCAAAAUAAACAAGCAAAAUUAUAUUUUAGGUAGAGAUGCUCCUUGUGAAGAUUUGGGUGGCAAUACUGCAAACAACUCUUUGGUUUAUAAAGAAGUAAACUCUCUGAAGUCUCAGAUUAAAGAAAUUCCAGAAGAAUGUCAUGAAAAUAGAACUGAAUGUGAAAAUAUAGUGACCUGCUCUGUACCAGAGCCAACACUUAUAUUUUCUAUUGAAGAAAAGAGGCUUGCUUGGAUAAAAUCAUUUAAACCCUGGUUUGAAAUUUUCAAGCAAAAUCAACAGAAGAAAAUUGUUAGGAGAAAGAGACUUGUAAAAUGCCCAGUCAACGUGAUGCCCCCUUUGAGUACACUAGAAAUUCUUCAGUGUGGCCCUUGGAAUACUUUACAGCAGGUUACAACAGUAACAUUUCAAGAUUUGCCAGGUUGUAGUCUCUCCACACUGGCAGAGUGUACAAAUCUUCAGUUUCUGUCUCUUCGGCGCUGUGGAUUAACCUCUUUGCACAGCCUGAGUAACUAAAAGUUAAAGUACAUUGAUGCACAGGAAAACAAUAUUGAGACUAUCAACUGUGAAAAUUUGGAAAAUCUCUGUGUUGUUCUUCUUAAUAAAAAUCAAUUGACUUCUUUCCAUGGUUUGGAUGGCUGCACUAAUAUCCAAAAUCUUGAACUUUCACAUAAUAAAAUCACUCGAAUUGGUCUCUCUUUCUGGAGGGAGGCCUUGUUGGUAAUAAAUGGGUUCUUCCACCCCUGGGGCACCUCCAGUUUUUACUUAUCCAUUAGUUUCUGUAGGAUUUCCUCUGUACGAGUGUCGAUUCAGCCUGGAUUGUGUUGAUCCUGGAUACUUAUUAUCCCACUUAGAAAGAAUUUAGCUUGUGAUUUCUUUAUCUCCCAUUUGCAUUGGAAUUGUGGCUUAGAAUCGUUGAAAAAUCUUCAGCAACUAAUUGUGGACCAUAAUCAGUUAAUUAGUACAAAAGGUCUUUGUGAUACGCCUACCAUUAUAUACCUGGAUUGCUCACAUAAUCAUCUUACCGAAGUUGAGGGCAUUGAAAACUGUGGAUUGCUCCAAAUACUGAAGUUACAGGGAAAUUAUCUAAGUGAGCUUCCAUCCUUGGAGAAUCAUGUUCUUCUAAGAGAAUUGCACUUGGAUGAUAACAGCAUUUCAAGUGUGGAAACAUUUUCUUCAUAUUGGCUGCCUUUACUACAAAUCCUGAGUAUCUCUCAAAACAGCUUGACAAAAAUCAUACCACUUUUUCAUUUUGUUUCUUUGGAAAAACUAGAUGUCAGCAACAAUUGUCUUUCUGAUCUUACAAGUGCCCUAAGGUGGUUUGCUGCAUGCUUUUCUCUCCGUGAAUUGUCUCUCACUGGAAACCCACUUCUUCAAGAAAUAAACUGGAGGGAUUCUCUACUUAAAAUAUUACCUGCUGUAAGAAUCCUCAAUGGUGAAAUGCUAACCUCUUAUUCAGAAAGUCACACUGAAGAGCACUAUGAAGUAGAAUUAGAGCGUUUCCUGGUACUUUGUCAGUCCCAGAUUAGAGAAUUUAACUUACUAACAGAAAAAUAUAUUGGAGAAAGAAAUAUAUUCACGUUGGAUGCUGCAGAAAAUCUCUGCCAUUAUUUCAAGAAAUUGAUGACACUUAGCAAUGAAUGUCGAUAUGCACAUGAACAUGGGGAUGUUAGUAUCACCAAGAGAGAUGAAUCAGAAGCCCAGCAAAAUCAUUUGCCUCCUUCAAACAGUGACAGCAUACUGCAAAAUAGAGUCCUUUACUCUUAUGCAAAUGAACAUAAACUGGACUCACCAGGUAUUUCUGAGAAAUGGAUGGACUCUGGCUCUAGUCAUUCCUCACUAACCAACCCCUCCUUAUGUGAAGAUACUAAAGGAAGAAAUCAGGAAAAAAUAGUAGGCCAGAAAAGAGAAGACAGCAAGGCAAGCAAUUUCCCCACCAAAAGAAUACCAUUCAUGGAAACAGUAAUGACAAGGUCUCUAUUGAAGAACUGCCAGAAUACUGAACAUCAUGAAAAAAUUAUGGCAGCUAUGGUAAUUCAGGCAUGCUGGCGUGGUUACACUGUGCGCAGACAGAUUCAUUUCUCUAUAAAGCUACAUCCUGCUGCAAUAGGACCCCUGACAUCCCAGUCAAAUUCCUGCAUUGAAAACCAAAUUACUUUAAAGAAAGAAGAAAUAAAAAAUACUGUGAACAUCCAAGAACAGAGGGAGAAGGCUGCUAUUCUUAUUCAGGCAGUUUGGAAGGGCUUUCUUUUGCGAAAGAAACUGACAACAGCUCUAGAGGCUAUUAAGAAUGAAGAAUCUGAAGAAGAAUAUGAAGAAAUAGAUUUAGAAGAUUUUACAUUUGAUGAAGCUGCCUUAGAGAAGGAAUGGCUUGCUUUAGAUUCCGCCCGCUUCCCUUCACAAACACUGCUUCUUCCAAACCAGCUGCACUGGCCAAAGUUCUCUGGAACCUUAAAAUCUGAUGAUACUUCACUUAAUUUACCAAGUCAUCCAGCUCAAGCAUGGAUGUAUAAUGAGAAAGAAAAUUUGUUUUCAUCGGAACACACACACUUUAAUAGCAGAUCAGAAAAUAGAACUUUAUCCAGGACACCUGAAUCAAAGACCAGCAGAAAGAGUUUGCUAAAAUCUGAAAAAGAAGAAAAAAUUUCAGAAGAAUGGGGCUUUAAGGAUAUUUCUACUGCUCAGCAAAUGCUGAAGAGAGCACAGAAAAUGAAAUCAAAGAAAUUAAGGAAAAAAUUAGAUCCCACUGUGCGCCUAGCAUUAUUCAAAAACAAUGAAAAUAAAGUAUCUGAUACAAAGUCACCAAAGAAAGCACAGCCACAAAGAGAUGGCUACUUUGAAGGUAAGGAAGAAGAAUUUAUGUAUAAGGAUACCACUGCAAAUGAAAAAUUAGAAAGGAAUAAAGAAUAUACAUACCAAUGGCUUCAUACACAGGUUGGGCUUCAUGAAACUAGUUCCAGAAACAUGAAAUGCAAUCACUUCUUGCCUGAGUUAGAUCCAGAUGUACUUAAUGGUGGAAGAGUUCAGCUUGUGGCAAGGCUUGUAAGCAGAGAAGACACGGAUUUAGACCUUUUUUCCAUGACCAGUGGAAGUGCUUUGUCUGUGAAGAGAGAAAAAAAAAAUCAGGCACACAGACACUCAGCAGGAUCUUCAAGUAAGUUGUGGUUUCCUUCAGAAUUAAUUUAG